GAUCGUCGUGUUAUAAAAACCCAAGUCGUCUACCUGGUCUUCACAUCUCAGCCGGAUACCUGACAAGCAAAAAAACCAACAUGUCUUUCACUGGGAAAUACGAGCUAGAAAACCAGGAGAACUAUGAUGCUUUUAUGAAGCUUAUCGGUAUUCCCGACGACACUAUCGAGAAGGGAAGAGAUUUCAAGUUCACCACUGAGGUCGUACAGAACGGCAAUGACUUCACCUGGUCUCAGAUCUACCCGGGGCGCACAAUGACCAACAAGUUCACCGUUGGACAAGAGUCCGAGAUGGAGACCAUGAGUGGCAAAAAGUUUAAAGCGACUGUAAAGCUAGAAGGUGGGAAACUGGUGGUGGAUUUUGGUAAAUACCUUCAUACAUCAGAGAUCGUCGGUGGAAACCUGGUGGAGACGUCUGUCGCUGGUGGCGUUACUUUCAAGAGAACCAGUAAAAAGUUGGCAUGAAGAACAAACCUAUAGAAAUUUUCUUCUGUAAACCAUUGGAAAAAAAAUAAACUUUUUUUAAGAACCCAA